UCCCCCGCCGCCGUUGCUGUCGCCCUGGGGCCGGGCGGGCGGCCGGGAAACCGCGGCGCUUGGAUGCCUGGAGCCCGCGGCAGAGACCCAGCCCCGAGCCCGCCAUGGGCUGCUGUGGGAGCGCCGCCUCUCAGAGCUCCAAGCGAGAGUGGAAGCCUCUCGAGGAUCGCAGCUGCACAGAUAUCCCAUGGCUGCUGCUGUUCAUUCUGUUUUGCAUUGGAAUGGGUCUUAUUUGUGGCUUUUCAAUAGCUACUGGAGCAGCUGCAAGAUUGACUUCAGGAUAUGACAGUUACGGAAAUAUCUGCGGACACAAGAAUGUAAAAAUAGAGGGAAUAGACAACAGUGGUUUAGACCUCACAGAAAAGAAGUAUGUGUUCUUUUUGGAACCAUGCAAUGUAGACCUGGUACGUCAGAAGAUCAAAUCUAUUGCUCUGUGUGUGUCAGCGUGCCCACGAAAUGAGUUGAAAACUCUGGCUGAUGUUCAGAAAUUUGCAGAGACUAAUGGUUCCACUCUAUGUAACUAUGAACUAAAGCCAUCUGAAUACACUACGGAUUCAAGGGCUGCUCAGCUUUGCCCCAAGCUCCCAGUUCCAGAGAGUGCACCUAUUCCAUUCUUCCAUCGCUGUGCUCCUGUGAACAUUUCCUGCUAUGCCAAGUUUGCAGAGGCCCUGAUCACCUUUGUCAGUGACAGUAGUGUCUUGCACAGGCUGAUUAGUGGAGUAAUGACCUGCAGAGAGAUUAUAUUGGGACUUUGCUUGUUAUCACUAGUGCUUUCCAUGAUCAUGAUGGUGAUAAUCAGAUACAUUUCAAGAGUAGUUGUUUGGAUCUUAACUAUUCUUGUUGUUCUGGGAUCGCUCGGUGGCACAGGAGUGUUGUGGUGGUUGUAUGCGAAACAGCGAAUGUCUCCCAGCGACACUCUAACUGUUGAUCAGCUUCAAAUAGCCAAAGACAAUCAUCAGGCCCUCCUGAUCUAUGCCAUUGCAGCUACAGUCUUCACAGUUAUCUUACUGUUGAUAAUGUUGGUUAUGCGCAAACAAGUAGCUCUCACCAUUGCCUUGUUCCACGUGGCUGGCAAGGUUUUCAUUCACCUGCCGCUUCUCGUCUUCCAGCCAUUUUGGACUUUCCUAGCCCUCAUAAUCUUUUGGAUCUACUGGAUCAUGGUUUUGCUCUUCCUAGGUACCACUGGUAGCCCCGUAGGAAACGAACAAGGUUUUGUCGAGUUCCGGGUAUCAGCCCUCCAGAGAUACAUGUGGUGGUACCACAUUGUGGGGCUAGUUUGGAUCAGUGAAUUUAUUCUCGCCUGUCAGCAGAUGACUGUAGCAGGAGCUGUUGUGACAUAUUAUUUUACAAGAGAAAAAAGGAAUCUGCCAUUCACGCCUAUUCUGGCAUCUGUCAAUCGCCUGAUCUGUUACCACCUGGGAACUGUGGCUAAAGGGUCUUUUAUUAUUACCUUGGUGAAGAUUCCGAGGAUGAUACUCAUGUAUAUUCAUACCCAAGUCAAAGGAAAAGAAAAUGCCUGUGCUCGGUGUAUUCUGAAAGCCUGCAUUUGCUGCCUUUGGUGUCUAGAAAAGUGCCUGACUUACUUAAAUCAGAAUGCAUACACAGCCACAGCUAUCAACAGCACCAACUUCUGCACCUCAGCAAAGGAUGCCUUUGUGAUACUAGUGGAGAAUGCUUUGCGUGUGGCUGCCAUAAACACAGUGGGAGACUUCAUGCUAUUUCUAGGGAAGGUCCUAAUCGUGUGCAGCACGGGCCUGGCAGGGAUCAUGCUGCUGAACUACCAACGGGACUACACUGUGUGGCUGCCGCUCGUCAUUGUCUGCUUGUUUGCGUUCCUGGUCGCUCACUGCUUCCUGUCCAUUUAUGAAAUGGUCGUGGAUGUCCUCUUCUUAUGUUUUGCCAUCGAUACUAAAUAUAACGAUGGCAGUCCUGGGAAGGAGUUCUAUAUGGAUAAGGUGCUCAUGGAGUUUGUGCAGAACAGCAGGAAAGCAAUGAAAGAAGGCAGGGGAGGCGGUGCUGACGGCAGAGAGCUCAAACCGAUGGUAGGUCCAAGGGAGGAGGUGGUGGAUGUCUUCCAAGAGUUUCACCUGUACUUCCUCUCCCUCUCUGUCCUCACUGACUGUGCUUCUUCAGGAGAAGUCUUUGUUGCUUGUGUCACUCAGGAUAUUCUGCUUUUUCUGUUUGUGAGCUUGCCUAUCACCUGGAUGGCAGCGUUUUUGUCACACCUGAGACCUUCUCCCAUAAAAGUAAGCUGA